UAGUAGAUUCAGCAACACACAAGACACCCAAGGUUGAAACGCAAAUGUGCAUGUUUGUUGUUGUUGUUGUUGUUCUUUGGGAUCAUUCAAAAAGCUAUAAAAGAGCCCGAAUUCGCGUCCAUCCUUAUUUUCCCUCAUCUUCUACUUCACUGAUCAACUCUCUUACCCCCCCCAACUCUUAACCACUACUCUCAACAAGCACCAUGUCUUUGGCCAAGCAGAACUUUGCUACCGCUUCUGAGGAGGCUAUCAACCAGCAGAUCAACACUGAGCUCCAAGCUUCCCAGGUCUACCUCUCCAUGAGCGCCUGGGCUCAGCACACUUCGGUGGCCUUGCCUGGUUUGGAAAAGUACUUCCGUGAAUCCGCCCAGGAGGAACGAGACCACGCCCAAACCUUGAUUGAUUACUGCAACAUGCGUGGCGGUAAGGUCAUCCUUCGCGCCCUUCAGGCCCCUGAGACCGACUGGAAGUCUGCCAAAAACGCUAUUGAAUCCGCCCUUCAACUCGAGAAGGAUGUCAACAAGUCCUUGCUCAACUUGCACAAGAUCGCCGAUGGCAACAACGAUCCUCAGAUGUGCGACUUCUUGGAGAACAAGUACCUCAGCGAGCAAGUCCAGGCCAUCAAGAAGUUGGCCGAUAUGGUCACCCAAUUGACCCGCGUUGGCGAAGGACUUGGUGUCUACCUUUGGGAUCAGCACUUGUACAGAGACGGCACCGGUGCUGGCAGCCGUACCGUCGAUGCUGUCUAAAAAAUUUACUACCUUGUAUUUUUCCUCGUGUACUUUUGUUAGCUUUUGCCCCCCUCCUACUAACAUCAUGCACAGCAUCUUUCAUCUGUCUCGCCAUCCCAACGUGACUUUUUCUCUCUCUUUCCUUCUGCUCUCUCAGAUCGCGCUUCUUCUACUUGGGGGUCAGAGGCGCUUGAUCAUAUGAAAUAAACAAAAAUUCGUUUUCUUAU